AAAUCGAUGGCGAUGAAAACUUGGAUUAUGAUGGCGAUAUUGAUGAUGACGCAGACGAGAUGGCCAUACAUAAUCGACGAGCUGAGAAAGAUACCACCCCAUCACGAGAGUACAUAUCACGGUCUCGAACAUUUGAAGAAAACCGAAAAGCUCAUCAAUCAAUUCAGAAUAUGCCGGAUUCAACUGAUGAUGAUAGAUUGGAUGAUGAAGUGGAGUUGGAGGAAGAAGAGGAAGCACGUCUAGCCGAUCUUCGAGCAAAAGCUGAACGAAAAAGCAAGAAAGCAUUGGAUGAGAAUGUUGAGCAUGAUGAUAGUGACAAUAUUCAUGGCGGCAAUAAUGAAAGCGAUGAUAGUGACGUUGAUAAGAAAUCUGAACGAGCAGCAGAUAGGUAUGUGAAGGAGGAAGAGGAAGAGAAGAAGGAUAGAACUAGCGGAAGAAAAGAACAGGACAAGCCAAAACGAGCCAAGGCUCGUCAUAAACGCUUCAAAGUUAUGAAUGAUAAUGAUAAUGAUGAUGAUAAUGCUGAUGAAGAGGAAGAGAAAGAAAAAAAGAUGGCUAAGAAGGAAAAGGAAGGAGAGGAAGAGAGAAGGAAUGGAAGAAAUGAAAAAGAAAUUCAAAUUGAAGAUAGUACGGAACGUGAAAAAGAGAGCGGAGCGGAAAGUGAAGGAGAAGAAAAGAGUAAAGAUGAGUUUGGUAGAAAGAAAAAGUCGAGAAUUAAAUCAAGAAAAAAAAUUUCAUCUAUGGAAAAAUUGAAACGUCUUUCCAUAUCAAAUCGUAAUAAGCCACAAUUGCCGACUGAUUCCCAGUUAACUGAUAACGAUGAAGAGCAAGAUGAAAAUGAUAAAAAAGAGGAUGAAGAAAAUGAGGAGGAUGAAAUUAUCCUGGAUUUGGCUGCUACUAAAAAGGAAAAGUUGAAUGAUAGAAGCGUUUACAAACGCCAUGCUAUAACAAAUCGUGAAGAUCACAAAUAUCAGAAUCAAUUGGAUCGUGCUGAUUACCUCGUUGAAAAGCAUGACUAUCAUUCUGCAAUCGCCAUUUUCGAAAAUGUUUUACGGGCUAAUCCUAACAGCCCUCGGGCACAUUUCGGUAUUGCUCGAGCAAAUGAUAUCAGAAGUGAAAUUGAAUCUGAUCAUUCAUUUCUAAAUAUAGCAAUCAAUGAGUAUCAAGAAGUGCUUGAUAUGGAUGAUACGCCGGAUGCGCUCUUCAAUCAAGCAGCAUAUCGUUUGAUCGAUCGAGCAAGAUUUCUUGGUUUAUUACAUCGUGUACUACAAGCACAACGUUCGCUAAUUGAUCGAUAUCCGGAUGAUUUACAGUUAUACAAUAAUCAAGGAUUGACAUUUCUAAUGAUGGGACGUGAAGAUGACGCACGGAGGAUAUUUGAAAAUGUUUUGAAAAUUUCACCAACAAAUGGUGUUGCUCAGGCAUAUUUUGGUUAUAUUUUAAAAUUAAGCGGAGAUUUUGAGAAUGGUGUGUUAUAUAUGCGAAAAGGUUUGCGUGGUGUUCGUGAUGUAAUUGCUGAUCCGAGAUUUUAUUAUCAUUUCGGUGAAGCACUGACACGAUUGGGUAAAAAGCAAGAGGCUUAUCGAGUAUAUAGUAUUGGAGCAAAAAUUGGUCUCUUUCCUUCUUCUUAUCAACGAUCUCUCUACAAUGUGGAAGGUUUAACUGCCCGUCCUUGGUGGACAAUCGAACAGACUUUUUGUUCAAAACAUUUGAGGAAAAUUGAAAGACAAUGGACGGUAAUUAGGGAAGAAGCGGUAGCAAUAUUGAACAAUCAUCCAUAUUUAUUCGAGCCCGAAAAUGAAGAGCUAACUGUAAAUGGACAAUGGUCAGCGUAUUUGUUGUAUAGUAGUAAUUCAUGGAAUUCAUCAAAUUGUUUGAAAGCACCAAAAACGUGUGAUAUUAUGCGUAUGUUCAAGGAUUCAUCCGAUUGCUUAAAAAGUGAAAUAAAAUUUUCACUUCUAACAAGUGGCGCUCGAGUAUGGCCACAUUGUGGAUAUUCCAAUUAUCGCUUACAAGCUCAUCUUGGUCUUAUAAUAUCAUCUGAGGCAAGAUUGCGAGUGGGACAUGAAGUACGAGGUUGGAAAACUGGUCGUUUCCUUAUUUUUGAUGAUUCCUUCGAGCAGGAAUUAUGGUUUGAAGGUGCAUCUGCAAACAAAUAUCGUUUGAUACUUCGAAUGGAUUUAUGGCAUCCCGAGAUGGAUCCAGUGAGAAGAGUGGAAUUUAGAAGUGUUUGA